ACCACAAAUCUAGUGCUCACUGUGGCAGAAUUGCAGUGCGCUGGACUGUACAGAGCAGGUUACCAUCCAAGGCUUGUUGUCUGUGAGGGGUGGGGUUCGGCUACACUGAUACCACCAAAAAACAGAAGCUCACAGAGGAAGACACAGAGAGACGGAAAAAGACAGGAGAAAAAAAGAGAGAGAGAAGAGGGGGGAAGAUUGCACCUGAAGAGGAAUAUCAUACGGGAUGAAAGGAGACACCCCAGUGAACAGCACCAUGAGUGUCGGCCAAGCCAGGAAGCUGGUGGAACAGCUGAAGAUCGAGGCUAGUUUCUGUAGGAUAAAGGUAUCAAAGGCAGCAGCUGACCUGAUGGCGUACUGCGACGCACACACCUGCGAUGACCCCCUGAUCACCCCGGUGCCCACCUCAGAAAACCCUUUCAGGGAGAAGAAAUUCUUCUGUGCUCUGCUUUGAGACAAAUCAGGGAUUGUUGUUGAUACAAAGUACAACUGUACAGUAUGUACAUGUAUGUACAGUGUGCACAUGUACUUCCAACUCAAACAAGACGUCGGUGUACUAUAGUAACCUCGCAUAAAAAGCUGCCAUUGUACAGUUAAGAAUCAGCUACAAAAUGUCUUAAACUAAAUUCCUUAAACUGUGAAAUUUGUGAAAGGAAAAAAAGUAUUUGAGACAAAAUUUAAGCCUUUGAUUAAUGAAAAGGCUAUAAAUCCUAAAAGAAAAAACAAAAUACUGUCAUUUAAUUUGAAACAUACAUCUCAUGCGUUAAGAAACUGCAAGUAACUGCCAAAAUGGACAACAUACUAAUCAUCAGAUUUAUUUUCAAAUUGUUAUGGACACCUUUAAGAAGGAUAAACUUCUACAUUGAGUUUAUAGGUUGCAAUGGUGCUAUAUGUUCAGAUUUGGAAAGUAGGAACCAGACAUUAAAAGUUUGACAUUUCCUCGCUAAACAUCAGUUUUCCUUUGGUGGAUUCUCAUGUAUACUGAUUAUAUUAUGCUUUCUCUACCAAAAGGUCAAAUUAUUUGGUUUUUAAGCUGUAUCUCAUUCACUGGCACAGUGUCUCAUAUUCUUCAUCCCUGGAGAUUUGGCAGUUACUUGUAUCAGUUAAAAGAUAACAGCGGUUUAUGAACUUCAACGUUUAAUUAAUCUGUUUUAGGUUUGCCAAUAUUUUAGCAUUAUAGUAUUGCUGUAGCGUGGAUGUGGAAGUGUGUGCGUACAUGCGUAGGUGCUACUGUGAAAAUUAAGCAACAAGUCCAAGUCUUUGGAGACUGUAAAUUGGAGAGUUUAUAGUUUGAUAGCACACUGACCCCAGUACAGCUCAUCUCAGAAAUUAUUAAUGAUGUGUCAUUUAAGCAACAAAAAUCUGCUAUUAGCUUGUUAAGUCUGUUGUGUGAAUAAUUUUCUAUUUCUCUAGAGCACAAAAUGACUACAGUAGUGAUAAUGUGGCCAUUUAGAUCUGAGAUGUUCCUGUGCAGAGAGCCUGCCUCUUCCAAACAGCGUUUUAACAGUAUUUAUAUAACAGGACAGUUGUGUUAUAAAUCCUUUCGAAAGAAAUUUGAAACUACAUCUGGCAUCUUGAAGAUCAGAAUUAUGUGACCACCCCUCAUCCACUGCAUUUUUAAUACCUUGCAAAUAUCAGAUCUGGAGCUAUGGCAGAAAACGUUUUCCUGGAAAAUGAAGCAAUGAAAUAAAACUUCCUGUCAACGAA